AUGGAGGAAAAACUCAUCACUGCCGUGGCUAAUCACCCAGAGCUGUAUGAUGCCAGCUGCUACUUCUACCGAGACAGGAAUAAAAAGGACCUAGCUUGGAGGCACAGAAGUGAGGAGAUCGGGCAACCUGUCCCUGAGCUCCUGCUGCUGCACCCACAGGCGGGCGAUGCUUGGACUGACGCGGGACAGCAGGUCCUCAAACUGGGCGAGGGAAAGACGGUGGUACCGCUGAAAGCGGCCGCCAUCCAGGCGCAGUUCCUGGAGCAAGUGGUGAAACUCACCAAACUGCUCACGCUUCUGAAGGACCUGAUGGACCCAGGUAAGGCGAGGACGUCCUUAAUGCCGCUACUCUGCUCUCCACACCUGCAGACACAGAGGACUGAUGACGGAGAAGAAGCAGAGGAUUUUCUCUGUUUCUACACAGACCUGGUCCAGACAGCAGAGAGCUGCAGAGUGAAGACGUUCAAGAAGCUGAGUAAGUGCAACGUCCUCUUUGAAUCCUGGAUCACGAAACUGACGGAAGUCCCCAAGAAGAUGAUGAUGGAGGAAGAGGAGGACAGAGCAGAGUCUGCAGGGUCCAGCUGUCCGUCUGUGACCAGUGACCGGUCCAAAGGUCAUGUUCCACACUUCAGUGCUGAACCUGAGAGUGAUGACUCCAAAGGUCAUCCUCCAGCCUUCAGUGGUGAACCUGGACCAACGAGAGGUCAGAGGUCACAGUCUGCAGGGUCCAGCUGUCCGUCUGUGAGGAGUGACUGGUCCAAAGAUCACCCUCCAGGCUUCAGUGCUGAACCUGGACCAACGAGGUCAGAGAGCUCAGAUGUUGGUCUGCAGGAGGUUUUAGAUGAACAUAAGAUCAGUCUGAGGAGGAGAUGUGAACGUGUGACUGAAGGAAGUGAUGAAACAGGAAGUAGAACCCUCCUCAACAGGAUCUACACUGAGCUCUACAUCACAGAGGGACAGAGUGAAGAGGUUCAUACCCAACAUGAGGUGAGGCAGCUGGAGACAGCUUCCAAGAUGGACGCCCUCCAUGACGCUCCAAUCAGGUGCCAGGACAUCUUUAAAGCCUUACCUGACCAACAGAGACCCAUCAGAGUGGUUCUGACCAAUGGCGUGGCUGGUGUUGGAAAAACCUUCUCAGUGCAGAAGUUCACUCUGGACUGGGCAGAGGGCUUGGAGAACCAACAUGUCAGUGUGGUGGUUCUGCUUUCAUUCAGGGAGCUGAACCUGAUCAGAGAUGAGCAGUACAGUCUUCUGGAGCUGCUCCAUGUUUUCCAUCCAACAUUACAGAAGGUCACAGCAGAGAAGCUGGCUGUCUCUCAGCUUUUGUUCAUCUUUGACGGCCUGGAUGAAAGCAGACUUUCAUUGGAUUUCACCAACAGGAAGCUGCUGUCUGAUGUCACACAGAAGUCAUCAGUCAGCCAGCUGCUGACAAACCUCAUCCAGGGGAAUCUGCUUCCCUCGGCUCUCGUCUGGAUAACUUCCCGACCUGCAGCAGCCAAUCAGAUCCCUCCUACAUGUGUUGACAGGCUAACAGAAGUACGAGGCUUCACUGAUGCCCAGAAGGAGGAGUACUUCAGGAGGAGAUUCAGUGAUGAAGAGCUGUCCAGCAGAAUCAUCUCCCACGUGAAGACAUCCAGGAGCCUCCACAUCAUGUGUAGUAUCCCAGUCUUCUGCUGGAUCACUGCUACAGUUCUGGAGCAUAUGUUGACUACAGAGCAGAGAGGAGAGCUGCCCAAGACCCUGACUGACAUGUACUCACACUUCCUGCUGGUUCAGACAAAGAGGAAGAAGAACAAGUACCAUGAGGGACAUGAGACGAGUCCAAAGGAGCUGACGGAGGCUGACAGGGAAGUUCUUCUGAAGCUGGGGAGGCUGGCGUUUGAACAUCUGGAGAAAGGAAACAUCAUGUUCUACCAAGAAGACCUGGAGCAGUGUGGUCUGGAUGUGACAGAGGCCUCGGUGUACUCAGGAGUUUGUACAGAGAUCUUCAAAAGAGAGUGUGUGAUCUUCCAGAAACCAGUCUACUGCUUUGUUCAUCUGAGCAUUCAGGAGUUUCUGGCUGCUGUCUACAUGUUCCACUGUCACACCAACAGGAAGACAGAGGGGCUGAAGAAUUUCCUGGGACAAACUUGGAAAUCAUCUGUGGGUGAUUUCCUGAACAGGUUCAUGGAGAAAUCCCUCCAGAGCAAAAAUGGUCACCUGGACCUGUUUGUUCGCUUCCUUCAUGGUCUCUGUCUGGAGUCCAACCAGAGACUCUUAGGAGGUCUGCUGGGUCAGACAGAGAUCAGUCCAGAAACCAUCCAGAGAGUCAUCAACAACCUGAAGGAGAUGAACAGUUAUGAAAUCUCUCCUGACAGAAGCAUCAACAUCUUCCACUGUCUGAUGGAGAUAAACGACCUCUCAGUACAUCAGGAGAUCCAAGAGUUCCUGAAGUCAGAGAACAGAUCAGAGAAGGAACUCUCUGAGAUCCAGUGCUCAGCUCUGGCCUUCAUACUGCAGAUGUCAGAGAAGGUUCUGGAUGAGUUGGACCUGCAGAAGUACAACACAUCAGAGCGGGGACGACAGAGACUGAUUCCAGCUGUAAGGAACUGCAGAAAGGCUCGACUGACUCAGUGUGAACUCUCAGAGACUCACUGUGAUGUUGUGGCCUCAGCUCUGAAGUCCAACCCCUCCCAUCUGACAGAGCUGGACAUAAGUGUGAACGACCUGCAGGUUUCAGCAAUGAAGCUUCUGUGUGCUGGACUAGAGAGUCCAAAGUGUCGACUGGAGACUCUGAGAUUGAAGGACUGUGGUUUGUCAAAGAUCAGCUGUGAUUAUCUGGCAGCAGCACUGAAGUCCAACCACUCCCAUCUGAGAUAUCUGGGCCUGAUCCUGAACAACCUGCAGGAUUCAGGAGUGAAGCAGCUGUGUGGUUUCCUGGAGAGUCCAGGAUGUAAACUUGAAACUCUGAGAUUGAAGGACUGUGGUUUGUCAAAGAUCAGCUGUGAUUAUCUGGCAGCAGCACUGAAGUCCAACCCCUCCCAUCUGAGAGAGCUGGACCUGAGUAACAAUAACAACCUGCAGGAUUCAGGAGUGAAGCAUCUGUGUGGUUUUCUGGAGAGUCCAGGAUGUGGACUUGAAACUCUGAGAUUGUGGAGCUGUGGUUUGUCAAAGAUCAGCUGUGAUUAUCUGGCAGCAGCGCUGAAGUCCAACCCCUCCCAUCUGAGAGAGCUGGACCUGAGCUACAACAACCUGCAGGAUCCAGAUGUGAAGCAGCUGUCUGAUCUUAAGCAGAGUCCAGACUACAGACUGGAGACUCUGAGGUGGAGCUGA